AUGGACAGUCUGUUCAUGUGCUUGUGUCAAUGUAAUGUUGUAACCUCCAAUAUUGGCAGGCAAAAUGCAGCUGUUGUGGAUGGACUGUGUGGCAAUUCCUCUUUGGAUUUUAACCAUGAGAGAGUUGCCGAACACAGCGUCACGGGGUGUGAGGAGCAACACAAAGAAGCUGAUGAUCUUACGAUCAACUGCAAAGCUACAGCUGAAUGGUGUCAUCUCAUGUGGCAAGAUCCCUUCACCCAGUGCCAUGUGCACAUCAACCCAGAGCCCUUUGUAUCAGCCUGUGUCAAUAAUUUGUGCCGAUAUCCUGCAGUGGACGGUCUCAAAUGCCACUUCAUGGAGGCUUAUGUCCGAGCCUGCCACGGCCAAAGCAAUGUCAGCAUUGAUGGCUGGAGGUCAAUGGCUAAAUGUGAUGCUGGUCCUCAGGCCCUCUGCCAAGACAAAUACUGCAGCAAACAUGAGUUCUGUGGCGAAGGUUAUGAUGGCAAAACCCACUGUCUAUACCGCGCCAUUUUCGCCUACAACUACAGAUCCACGGACAAGUUUGGUGAGCCAAUGGUUUGCAGCCAUUCAUCUGCAUCGAUGGACAUGUUCUGUUGCCUUCUAGCGGAGAAAGGUAUCGACAACACAAAGCUUCACCUGAAUGAUGAGCGAUGCAAAGGUGCAAACAACACCAAAAUAACCUACCAAAACAUCAUUGCGACUCCUAACAUCUCCACUGUGGUGACCCGUUCCAACAAAUUGCUCAUGGAUUUCUCCUGCCAUUUUGACCAACCGGACCUCGAGGGUAUGGCCAUCAAAAUGAUAGACAGCCCCGUGAUUAAACACUUCACGUCGGGAGAGUGGAAUUACACCUUGACCAUGGCAGCAUACACCGACCCUGACAGAACACGAUUCGUAGAGUAAAGCUCUGGGAUCCGGCUGAAUCAGAAGAUCUGGGUCGAGAUCAAGGCAUACGGACUGGGUGGAAGUGCAAUUUCUGUGGUGACGGAGUCCUGCUGGGCUACUAAUCAAUCGACUUCAAACGGAAGCCUUCGAUAUGACCUCAUCAGUGCAGGAUGUCCCAACCCUGCAGAUGGAACGAUUCAGAUUGAAGGCAAUGGAGAAGGAACAUCUAAUUAUUUCUCUUUCAACGCAUUCAAGUUCUCGGACAACAACAAUGAAAUGUUUCUGCACUGCAGAGUAGAGCUGUGCGUACAACAGGGAGACUCUUGCAUUCGGGGAAAACUACAUUUCCACAAACAGUAA